AUGAAAACGUGGAGGAGAAGAAGUGAAUACUCAGAGCCGAUUCCAGUUGAUAUGAUUUACGAAAUACUCCUAAGUUUGCCGGCGAAAUCUAUAGCGAGAUUUCGUAGCGUAUCGAAGCUCUGGUGUUCCAUACUUGGCCGCACAGAUUUCACUGAGUUGUUCCUGACCAAAUCUUCUUGUCGGCCUCAGCUUUUGUUGAGCUGCGUAAAAGACAAUGAGUUGUUCUUCUUCUCGACCCCACAAACUAAUUGUGAGAACUGGUUUCCUGUAGUAGCCGCCGAUUAUCAUAUGAAGCUCCGCUGUGAUGAAUUCCUCCAAAUAUUUAAUCCUAUAAGUGGCUUGGUCUGUUUUAAAGACAAACGGGGAAGGAAAAAUGUGACGGUGAUAUGCAACCCUAGCACCGGACAAUCCUUUACCUUACCUAAAAUGAAGACGAGGAGGAGGGUGGCGCUGAGUAGCUAUUUAGGGUACGAUCCGAUCGAGAAACAAUUCAAGGUGUUGGCCAUGACCUUUCCAUCUGGAUCAGAUGAUGGGAUCUCUGAGGAGCAUCAAGUUCUAACAUUAGGAGGAACUGGAUCUUGGAGAAUGAUCCAGUGUUGCAUACCCCAUUGUCCUGGAUGGAAGGUGAUAUGCAUCAAUGGUGUUUUGUAUUAG